UUUGAGCAUUGAUAGAUGUUGCAACAUUUCUGGAACAAUAGUCUUCCAUAUAUUUGUUUGCAAUACUCAUUAUUUCGUAAAGGCAGAGCAAAUUUUCCAGAAACUUGGCUGUUUGUGUACCAGUGAUGAUUCGUCUUCGUAAAAAUACGUUGGAAAGUGGAGAAUCAGAGGAAGACGUAUUCAAUGCACCUGUUACAAUUUGUGAGUUGAAGAUUGGUUUGUUGUCUUCUGCAAGAUACCUACAGGAAGAGUUGGAAAAUCUAGCAGAAAGUGCAGAUACCAGUUCCAAGGAUGGAUUGUUUUACGUAUUAAAUGAAACAAUAUUGGCGUUGCUUAGACAUCCAGAGUAUUGGUGUUAUGCUGCCAUCAAUACGAAAGUAACCAAAUGGACCCAUGCAACAGCAGAGUUUAAUCGAAAGAGUGUCGAAUCGCGCUCCCAUACCAAAUCAGAGACCCUGAGCAACUAUAACAAUCGAAGAAUGAGAAGAGAAAAGUUUUCUGGUGACGAUUCUUCCAGUCUUCCCGGAGAAUACAUUCUAAUACAUGUUAUCGUAGCAACUGAAGGGAAACUCUCACAAUUACCGUCAGAGUUAAACUCUGAAUCUGAUGUUAAGGAAGCAUUAAAGGUUCUUUCAAGUACUUGGAGUGACAAGCUUCAGGGUCUUGAAGUCAUUUGGGUGCCACAGUCUGUCGAUGAUGUCUUGACUGGAAACGAAAUGCUUUUACAGCAUCCCGAAUUGCGUCAUAUGAUAUGUGGUUUAAGGGUUAUUGGGCAUAUAGGUAGCAUUGUAAAGAGGGAACUUUCAGCAGGAAGUCUUCAACUAGUUCGUUCUUUUAAAGCGCCGUUCCUAUUACAACGCAAUCGAACAGUCUGCACACAGCAGGUUGGCCAUCCCGUACAAAGUCAUGCUACUUGCAAUUUGUCUUUACGUCCAGACAAUAAUGGUUUGGGGCCAAAAAGAUUUUAUGAACAAGUAUACACCGUGGAGAGAAUACCUGGUGUGUAUUGUGUGUCUCUAGAUGGAAAGCUGCUUCGAACAAGAACGGGAAAGUUUCUGGAAAGCCGUUGUCGAGAGCUUUCAUUGGUGGUAGCAAGUGAAUGGGAAGCUCAACACUCGCGAAUUCUUCCAAGUUCUAUGCCUGUUACUUCUUUGUUAACUACCAGCAUUGACCUAACCAAGGAGCACAGACAACAAUUUCUUAAGACUCUAUCGGAAUUUUUUAAUACGGACACAAUUUGUAUUCGUGCUUCAUAUCCAGAAGGCCUUGUUUUUCGUCAAAAAGUCCUGUGGGAUCCUCUAAUUGUAUUUUUAAGUGAGAAUUGGAAUAUCCAGAUACGAACAAGUGAAGAUCUCUUCGGUGUUUCUCAAGAGAGAGAAAGUCUGGAAAAAAUUCGUCAAUAUUUGGAGAAUCAGUCUUCCCUAUUCAUAACUGCGCUACACUCUGCUACUAGCACAACUAAAUCACUCAUUAUUGGUUUAGCCUUGUCUGAAAAGGCUAUUAGUACAAGACAAGCCAUGGAAGCUUGUCGUUGUGAAGAAGACUUUCAAAUUCAAUACUGGGGUGACGUGGAAGGUUGUCAUGAUAUUGACCGUGCAGAUACUUUCGUCCGUUUGGCCUCUGCUUCUCUUGUAUUUUCGUUGUUGCGAACCUUUCCCGAGUGUUUCCAUUCUCAGAAUUGAGUUUCAUCAUUUUUGAUGUGCAACAGUUUUGAUGAGGAAAUGAUGAUGGACUAUGCUCAGAAGGAAAAGCAAAGAAUAAUUCAAGAAAAGGUACUCAGAUUUUCCUCUCGGGAAAAUAAAAGCCAAUAGAUUGAU